AUGGAGUUACGUGAGCUUGGUAGAACUGGACUGAAAGUGAGCUCCGUCGGGUUUGGAGCUUCUCCACUCGGCAAUGUCUUCGGCACAGUUUCCGAGGAGCAGGCCAACGCUUCCGUUCGCCUCGCCUUUCAAUCCGGCAUCAACUUCUUCGACACUUCUCCGUAUUACGGAGGGACACUGUCGGAGAAAGUGCUGGGGAAGGCACUGAAGGCUCUGGGAGCUCCUCGGAGCUCGUACGUUGUGGCAACGAAGUGCGGACGGUACAAGGAGGGUUUCGAUUUCAGCGCGGAGAGAGUGACGAGGAGCGUGGAAGAGAGCUUGGAGAGGCUGCAGCUUGACUACGUCGACAUUCUCCAGUGCCACGACAUCGAGUUCGGUUCUCUAGACCAGAUUGUGAAUGAGACGAUUCCGGCGCUGGUGAAAUUGAAGGAGGCGGGGAAGACGCGUUUCAUCGGCAUAACGGGGCUUCCUCUCGGGAUUUUCAGUUACGUGCUUGAUAGGGUUCCGCCUGGGACGCUUGAUGUGGUGCUCUCGUAUUGCCAUUACUCUCUGAACGACUCCACCUUGGGGGAUUUGGUGCCCUAUUUGAAGGGCAAAGGGGUUGGUAUUAUCAAUGCUUCUCCGCUCUCUAUGGGUCUUCUCACUGAAGCUGGCCCACCUGAAUGGCAUCCAGCUUCUCCCCAAAUCAAGGCUGCAUGUCAAACUGCUGCUGCUCAUUGUAAAGAGAAGGGAAAAAACAUUUCCAAGUUAGCGUUGCAGUACAGCUUGGUGAACAAGGAAAUCACAUCAGUGCUUAUAGGCAUGAAAUCCCUUGAACAGGUGGAGGAAAAUGUUGCUGCUGCAAGAGAACUUGCAACUUGUGGAAUUGAUGAAGAGGCUGUGUCAGAAGUUGAAGCUAUUUUGAAGCCUGUUAAAAAUCAGUCAUGGCCUAGUGGAAUCCAGCAGAGCUAA